CAACAUAAGAUCACUAAACAGAAAUUAAAUGAUAUGGAUCUUAGUAUGGAAAAUACAGAGUCAGAUGGCAUAAAAAACCCUGAUAAGGACCCGAUAACGAUUUCUCUGUUUCGUACUAGUCUUAAGGCCAAUCUGGACGAGAUAAAAGCCAAAUUGGCCUCAACUGCUGUAGAAAUUAAAUCUGACAUAAAACUGGAAAUAAAUGUACUUGCUGCAAAAAUUGAAAGAUUUGAAGACCAACUAAAAGAAGUUGAUUUCCAAGUUAAAAACUUAACAGAUGACUGUCAAAAGGCACACCGGGACAUUUUUGAUUUACAAAUUAAA